GUCCGUUUGUUUCCUGGUUAUACCGCUGUUAAAUUUACCAACCGAAUAGUUCCCUUGUAUUUCUAAGCCCAAUGCCCAUGAAUGAACGCAAAUAUGGCGCCAAUAACAACGUUAUUUUGCUGGUAUUUUGGUUUCAUGUGUAAUGUGAAUGCUUCUCAAGCUGCACUGGUGCAAACUGGCCACACCGAUCCACUCAAGAACCACCAACCUGUCCACCCCGCCACAGACGAAAAUGACAAAUUUCUACAACAGGACAUUGUGUCCUACCCAAACUCAACGCAGCAUUACUCCGUAUCGAUUAACACUAGUAAGGCGAUACACAUCGUUGAUCGCCGAUACCUUUCAACAGGUUUCGGUGCGAGCUCCGUCACAAAGAAAUUCCAUAUGCAGGGUUUCGAUCCAAAGUCAGUCAUCCUCCAAACGUUGUUACGAGGACUUUCUCCUGCUAUUGUACGUGUCGGAGGAAGGUCGGGAGAUGAGGUAAUAUUUGCUCUAAAUGGUUCUUCCAACACCAUCCCUCAUCCCUGGAUAAAUGUAAAUCAUUUUCUUACAGGGGAACAGUGGAGGAAUCUAAACGAAUUUUGCUUAAAGAGCAAAGUGGAUCUUGCAUUCACUUUGAACUUGGAUUUGAGGAAAGGAAAUGCCUGGGACCCGACUAACGCUAAAGAACUCCUAGAUUUCAAUGCCAACCUUGGAUAUCGUGUUAUCUGGGAAUUGGGAAACGAACCGAAACGCUUCAGAAAAAUUUACAAGAAGACGAUAAUAGCUCGUCAGUUAGCCAAGGACUUCAUCACACUCCGAGCCAUCUUGUCUGAGGAUAGGUACAGGUAUAGCAACGAGUUGGUAGGACCGGACAUGGACCAUCUUCCAAUACGGGACUGCAUCACUAAAUCAGAGUUUUCACCAAGUUCGAGCGACUAUCUACGAAGGUUCCUUAAGCACGCUGGUGAUGCGAUCAAUGCAACCACUGUUCAUUUCUACAAUAUUGACCCUGAUAACAGCACUUCCGUCGAUAAUUUCACCGAUCCAGAUAUCCUCUUGAGAACAAGAUGCGAGCUCGAGAAGUUUCGUCAGACCAUGAGAGAUUCCAUGCCGACGGGCUCCCGAGAAAAAUGGUUAGGCGAGACUUCCACGGUGUCUGGUGGCGGUUUGGAGGGUGUUUCAAAUCGAUAUGUCGCCGGUUUUCCCCUACUUCAUAACCUGGGGCUGGCAGCUGAAAUGGGGGUGUCGGUGUUUAUAUACUGGAACUUAUUCAAUGCCGAUUACUCCUUGCUGAAACCUAUUUCCGACCACUACGCACCCACACCACUCUAUUGGGUUUGCUUUCUUCACAAACGACUUCUCGACACUCACAUUUUAUCUGUAUCAUAUGAAAUUGACGGAUCCAAUGAUGAAACGAGAGGUAACGAAAACAACAGGUCUUUCGUCUACGUAUUCGCUCAUUGUACAAAGACAUCCCAAUCAUAUCCCACCGGUGCUGUUACAAUCAUCGCAGUGAAUCUGUACAACGACACUGAGACAUCUUUAAGCUUAACUGAGAAUUUGAUGAAAAAGAAUAUAGACGAGUAUCUCUUGACUGCACCAGAAGGAAUCCUCACCAGCAAGAAUAUCAGUCUGAACGGCCGAGUGUUGCAAAUGAAGAACUUUACCCAUUUCCCAGAUAUCAUCCCACGCCCUCUACCGGUAGGAUCGCCCAUACUUCUUCCUCCGAGAACGUAUGGAUUCUACGUUAUCAAAGACGCCGAGGCUGCAGCAUGCCAGGAAAAGAAACUGAAAGCUGAUGGUGGAUUCAAAUUGCAAACGGACAGAUAGACGUGUCAGAUGCGGGCGAAUAUCGGAGGGGGUCGGAAAAAGUCUUAGUUCAUUAUAGUCCCCAUAUUUGGAGACGCCUUAUUAAGUAAUGGUUGACUUCAGGGGCCGCGGAAGCGGGGGGACUGGGGGCUUCAGCCCCCCCCCCCACUUUUUUCCAAAACUGUGUACAAAAACGUAAAAAUGACCAUCUGAUUGUGAUUUUUGCAUGGUCAGCCCCCCCCCACUUUUGGCUCAGCCCCCCACUUUGAAAACCCCUGGGCCUUUCGACCUUUUCAUUACUUUUUUUCAACAGGGGCACGAUAGUUUGCACAUCGCCUUCACCAACUGUGAUUAUUUGCUUAUAUUAAGCAUGGACACGAAUAUAUCUUGAAUAGAAAGUAUUUUACAUGGGAAUAAUUGAUUGAUUGAUUGAUUGAUUGAUUGCAUUCAUUCUUUUUCAUUCCAAAAUUUAACAAAAGUUACAAUGUAUAGCAAAACACAAAAAUAUAAUAUACAGAAAUGAAAAAAGGGAACCCACUGGAAAGCAAAGCUUGUUAGUAUGGGUUCCCUGCAAUAAAUAGUUAAUUAAAGUAUAUCUUUGAUCAAUGAAAUUCAAAUCGUAAAUUAAAAAGGUUUGUACAAUGAAAAAGAAUACAAGUGGGGUCAAGCUUUUUAUGCCUACUAUGUUACAAUUAACAAAAAAUAUUAUAUCAUAUAUACCCCUGCUGUAUAAAAAAAACAUGAAUUCAGGAGUGUGUGAACAGACAAUCACUUGGACAAGACAGGACAAAUACAAAAUUAUUGAUGAGUUUCGAUGACGAUGACCGUCAUAAAUAUUUGUGACAUAGAGAUGUUGCUAUAUAUAUAUAUAUAUAUUAAUGAGGCAAAGUGGUAAUGCAUUGUACUUAGUUCCAACAGUUUAUUUUGAAUUCAAAAUAAACUGUUGGAACUAAGUACAAUGCAUUACCACUUUGCCUCAUUAAGAUCUUCUAUGUCCAACACGCGGAAC